AUGGAUAAAGUUAAUGAAAUUGUAUUGGAGUCGGCUGUUGUUAUCCUUGGUGGCGGAGUUGAUAAAGAUGGAACGCCGAUCGUUACAUUUCCGGUUGACUCGGCAGACCUUCUAGAUAUAUAUUCGUGUAAAGAUAUUUUACGUCUGAUGCAAGCUUUCGUUGAUUUGUCUGGCGGACAAGUGACCGUUGUUGCUGACCUACAGGAAGGAUGGACAGAGGCUAUUACUGACAAAUUAACAUACCUACUGAAUGAAUUACAGGAUACAAGAAAACGUUGUAUAAAGAAAGCAUAUUUCGUGAAACCGUUUGUGAAAACAACGAAAAGACUCCUAAUCAGGAAUAACUCAAAUACAAGGGAGAAUAGAAAGAUCAUACCUUUGUAUGAUACAGAAUAUCUUAACCAUGUCAGAGAUCUUUACGAAUUUAUAGACAAAUCUCAGCUGUCCACGGACUAUGGUGGGACGAUGCAAUACAACCACAUAGCCUGGGUUGAUUUUCAACGGACAUACAUACCUAUCAUAACAGCUGGAAGAGAAGCUCUGGUUGCACUGGCUUAUAUUAGAAAUGAAAUUAAUAGACUGAAAUAUCAACCACUGACAAAAUCUUCUCAGAUAUCUCAAGGCAAGGAAGGUUACAAGUACCAAAAUCUUAUCAACCAAUACAAAGUUCGAGAAACUAUCAAAAGUUGUGAAGACGCUAUAGAGAGAUUAGAGCACCCAGAAUGCGACCCUAACCUGAUGCAGACUCAUGCAGCAGUACUACUUGAUACAACAAACAAGUUGAAAGAAAUUCAUUUUAAAAUAACGACGGAAUUGGCGACAAUGGACGCUGUCAUGAUGAGGUCGGACGCUGAACACGCCUUGAUCGUGAAACUAGAAGAAUGUGAAGACCAUACAACUGAGGUAGAAGAAACUAUUGAGUUAAUGUUACAACGUGUUCAAGGUUUACCGUGGGUUGGUACAAAUGUUGAAGAAGCAAAGAGCUACAGAGAUAAAUUCGUAGAAUCUGUUCUGACACCAUCUAAGGAUAUUGUUUCAUGUGCAUCAUCUAUUCUACAAGAUCUCGAAUGCGGGAAAAACACCACACAGACGACCUAUGCAAUGUCUAUCAAUAUUGCAAAGAGACUAACAGAGGGUCUUCAACCAUUUACAAAACAUUUAAAUGAAAUAAAUGAAGCAUACAUUCGGAUUCAUUUAUUUCACGUCAUUUCAGAUAAGAUUGAGCGGUGGAAGCAAAAGGCAACACUCUUUUUGACAAAACUUACCCUACAGGAACAAAAGGACAGAUCAAAUAAUUCAAGUACAAAUGAGAAUAUAGAAGUACUCGAUGAAAAUGAAAACAAGUUGAAGAGAAGUAGUGACUUGCAUUUAGAUUUAGACAAACUGUUAUUACCUGAUAAAAAUGAUACACCAAAUAAGUGUAAUAGAAUAGCCGCUCCCAAGAACUGGCAAAUUUUACUAACAACGUUUUACAAAAAACAUCCACCACCGGAGAAGAAACACGUGAGACUGCUGAAUAAAUUUGUACCAAAAUAUAUCCAAGAGAGGCAAAAGCUGGAAGCUGAAGUUCUGGCUGAAAGAGUUUUGUUCAUACUUCAGAUGUUAAAUAGGAAUGAAUUCAAACCGGAAGAUAUUCAACUGAUACAAACUUGGUCUUAUAAAAGCAAAACAAGUCAUCUCGACAGUUCUAGAUAUAUGGUGACACUUGUGUGAUUUUAAUGAAUACAUGAUAAC